GUCAGAUUUAUUGUAGCAACGAAUCAUAGCAACGCGGAGAGUCCAUGACGACGAUGGUCGCGAGAUCGUGGAUCAUGUGUUGGAAUGCGACAGUGUUUAAGAACUUCACACAGAUCAAAUAGUUUCGGAGCCGCAUUGAAAGCUCGCGCUGUCCUGAGCGAUAAACAUGGGAUGUGGGAGCUCCAAAAUCACGGUGGUCGAACCCGUAAAACCGAGAAGUCCGAACGGAGAUGAGUUUGUUGUGCAGGGAGGCUCUCGCGGUGACUCUGCCGUUUCCAAGAUGACCACAGAUAGCGGGGUCAGUCUGGAUGCAGCAGAGCCUACAGUUCUGCCUGGAUCUGUACCUAGAAUGCUGCCACCUUUACAAGCCCAGAGCCCUGGACUGGCCCAGCAAAGUGAAGAGAGGCCCGAGUCCAGUGAGAUCCUGGAGCAGCUGCUUGUUCAGGGAAUCAUUCCAGCUCAACCAAGACAUGGAGGAAGUGGGGAAGCCUACAACAUCAUGAUGGAUGAUGCUGAAAAGCCAAAGAGAAGACCUCCUGCUCGGCUAGAAUCACUGAAAAUUCGCAAAGAACAAGAAGUCACCAGAAAGGAAGACAUUGAGAUGAAGAUGAGACAAGUGGAGGAGAGGAGAAAGGAGAAGGAGGAAGACCUGAAGCGCAGGUUGAGGAUUAAAUCAGCACGGCCAAGUGUCGCUGCCCCAGUGACUGCAGAUGGGGAACUCGACCCCUUGGAACUGCUCCAUUCCGAACAGCUUCCUGUCCCAACCAGAACCAAACUGCUACAGUCAAUGGAGCCAGUCAAUGGAGACUCUGAGGACCAAAGACUUAAUGAUUCCCCAGAACUGGAAAAUGACUCCACCUUCCAGCAGACUGAAGACCCAGAUGAGGGAUUUUAGACCUGCUGCUUGUGUGUGUUUCAGAAUGAAACUAAAUACAGAAGCAAUAUUUCCAAAUGUGUAUGCUUAGAGUUGCACAUGCACUUUACACAUUAUUCACUUUAUUAUAUGGUAUGGCUGAGAUCAAAUUCUGACUUUGGGUUUUACAUUAUCAUGGAAAUAUGUGCCUAAUAAGUGUAAACAGUUUGUUGCAGUAAUUAUGUAGGUAGCAGUGCAAUAACUAGAAGGGUUAACAAUUCAGCAUGAUAUUUAAUAUAUGCAAGUUGCCAAUAAGAUAUUUCUUUCAAUACGGCUCAUAAGUCUUGAAUUUUAAGAACAUUAUUCUUUCUCAAAAGUUCCAAGAUUUCAAAUAUAUUCAAAAAUACAGUAAAAUAUUGUAAACAAAUCAUUAGAAAUAAUCAUUUUAAAGAACUGUUUUCUGUCUUAUCCUUUCAUAUUUUAAAGUGUAAUUUAUUUCUGUGAUGACAAAACUGAAUUUUUGGCAGCCAUUACUCAAAUCUUCAGUGUCACAUAACCCUUCAAAAGCCAUUCUAAUAUGCUGAAUUAUUAUUACUGUUAUUUGCUGAAGUAACAUUUCCUUUUCUUAUCCAGGUUGACUUCUAAAAAGAACAGUUGUUCUGCUUAAUCUAUUUGUAACAAAUAGAUUUCAAGAGAACAUCGUUUACUUGAAAUAGACUGAAAUAUCUAUACAGUGUAAUUUUUAAUCAAUUUAAUGCAUCCAUGCAAAAUAGAAGUAUUAAUUUCUUAUUAAUCCCAAACUUUUAUGUACAGUUUAUCAUAUAAACUACUUUAUAUGCAAUCAAUUAUUACAAUAAUCUGUGUAACCACUACCUUCAACUAAAGGGAAGUGGCUGUCCACAAGGUGGAGCUACUUAAUGAAGUUAGGCUGAAACCGAGAAUUGUUUUGUCUUGGGGACGGUGGAAAUCCGAGAUGGCUCUCUGGUGUUUUUCCUGAAUGUUAGAAUGUCUCUUUGUAAUUAUGAUGAUCUGACUAUACUAAGUAAAUAGCCCUCUUGCAAUUAGCUAAUUAUAUAAAAGUAGAUAGCUUUAAAAAACGUGU